AGACCGUGUCUCUCUUGGUGGGCUGGGGAGAAAGGUCUGAGAAUGGUUAGUUAAGGCCACUUGGGCGAGCUAACCCGUUAUUCCAGAAUUGCUAGGAGAGGAGCAAGCAUUCGUAUUCAUGGCCCUCCCACCUUUGAAAGUUCUGUCCGUUUGGCUAAAAACCGGGCCCAUCUUCAAACUGCUUGCCUUGUUUCCUGUCUCAGGUCAAGACCUGCAGCAGGCAAGAGAUACGGGUGGGGUGGACUCCCAUUAUUGUCCCAGUUGCUUAGAAAAUAUGCCAUCGGCUGAAGCCAAACUAAAAAAGAACAGAUGUGCCAAUUGCUUUGACUGUCCUGGCUGCAUGCACACCCUCUCCACUCGGGCAACAAGCAUCUCCACACAGCUUCCAGAUGACCCAGCCAAAACCGCCAUGAAGAAAGCCUACUACUUGGCCUGUGGAUUUUGUCGCUGGACGUCUAGAGAUGUGGGCAUGGCAGACAAAUCUGUAGCUAGUGGUGGUUGGCAGGAACCAGAAAAUCCUCACACGCAACGGAUGAACAAACUGAUUGAAUAUUAUCAGCAGCUUGCUCAAAAAGAAAAAGUUGAACGAGAUCGCAAGAAACUGGCACGGCGUAGAAACUAUAUGCCUCUGGCUUUUUCGCAACAUACUAUUCAUGUAGUGGACAAAUAUGGUCUUGGAACAAGGCUUCAGCGGCCACGAGCUGGUGCAUCCAUUAGUACCCUUGCUGGACUUUCCCUUAAAGAAGGAGAAGACCAGAAAGAGAUAAAGAUUGAGCCGGCUCAGGCUGUAGAUGAAGUGGAGCCUCUACCUGAAGACUAUUAUACAAGACCAGUAAAUUUAACAGAGGUGACCACUCUUCAGCAGCGCCUCCUACAGCCUGAUUUCCAACCAAUCUGUGCUUCACAGCUUUACCCUCGACACAAGCAUCUUCUGAUCAAACGGUCCCUGCGCUGUAGGAAAUGUGAACAUAAUUUGAGCAAGCCAGAAUUUAAUCCAACAUCUAUCAAAUUCAAAAUCCAGCUGGUUGCUGUCAAUUAUAUUCCAGAAGUGAGAAUCAUGUCAAUUCCCAACCUUCGCUACACGAAGGAGAGCCAGGUCCUCCUGACUCUUACGAAUCCAGUGGAAAACCUCACACAUGUGACUCUGUUGGAGUGUGAGGAGGGGGACCCUGAUAAAACGAACAGCACUGCUAAGGUGGUGGUGCCUCCCAGAGAGCUUGUGUUAGCUGGCAAGGAUGCAGCAGCAGAGUAUGACGAGUUGGCAGAGCCCCAGGACUUUCAGGAUGAUCCUGACAUCAUAGCCUUUAGAAAGGCCAACAAAGUGGGCAUUUUCAUCAAAGUCACCCCGCAGCGCGAGGAAGGCGAAGUGACCGUCUGCUUCAAGAUGAAGCAUGACUUUAAAAACCUGGCAGCUCCCAUCCGCCCCAUCGAAGAGAGUGACCAGGCAACAGAAGUCAUCUGGCUCACCCAACAUGUGGAACUCAGCUUGGGUCCGCUGCUUCCUUAAAAGUUUCCCUGGUGGGCAGAUCCCACCAGCAACAUUACCACACAAACCCGUGUUACAGUGUGGAAGCUGCUGCUUCCUUAGACCUUGUUUCUAACGAUGUACCCAUGCACUACUGAGUCUUCUUCCUAGGAGCAGGAGCAUAGCCAGGCAUUGGGAACAGGGUAGCCACUAUUCCUCUUGCUCUCUCCUCUGUUGGCACCAGUAAGUCUGUGUCUCCCUCGUUCUGCCCUACACGUUAAGUAACAACAACAUAGUUCCAUCCCAGGAAAGGGAUGGCUGUUCCUCAGAGAAACUGACCAUACUCUCUGUCAGUCUCCUCACAAGGAUCAGUCUGACAGAUGAGACUUACAGUAAUAACCUAAAGCUUGACCUGCUACUUGUCCAGCACUGGUCUCGGUGUACUGACUGCUUUCUGCAUUCCAUGAAAUACAGCUGGGCAGUCUAAAGCAUAUCCCUUCACUCAUCAUCAUGGCUGUCAUUUUGCCACAGAUUUCCACAUAGCAGAAAAAUAGAACUGUCACAUUGUCUAGUUUUGUGAUGAUGGGAAAACCUGUAAAAUUCUUAAGGCAUUCUUUAUUUACCCUCUUCUAAGUGAAUACAGGACACUCAUUUAUCAGUUGCUCUUAAAUGGUUUCUCAGUAGAGUAUGGAACUUUAUCUUUUAAUAAAAAGUUCAGAAGUAGUUACAUGUGCUGUCAAGUCAGGCAUAGUGGCACAGGGGUGUACUCCCCAGCUACUUGGGAGGUGGAGGCAGGAAGAGUGGAAGUUCAAGGCAAGCCUGAGCAACUUGGGGAGACCUUGUCUCAAAAUGAAAAAGUGGUGGGAAUAUAGCUCAGGAAGGCCUGAGGGACAAGUUCAUUUCUGGAAUGCAGAAAAUAUUUUUAAAGUUAGAAUUUUAGCAUGAUCUGAACUAAUGGGUUUUCCACUGAUUUGAAAGGGAAAUUAACUAUUAUAAUCUCUUGCAUCCCAAACUGGAUAUUAAAAAAAUGGACUUUUCCUCUUACAGAGUUUAAGACUUUUGUCCUGUGGUUUAUCAAGUAAGACCAUUCUGAUUGUAAACCAUAACAUAGUUCUACAAGUAGCCCAGAAUGCUGGCCUAACAGCAGAUGCACUGUUUUUACUUGGAUACUGGAGCUGAGUUGCUAACCUUAAUUUCUGUGAUGUUUUCUAAAACAAGACUUUGCAAAGUAGACUGUCAGCUACACACCAUGUGUCUUUAAAAGUAUUCUUAGUGGCCAGUGGACUUUUGAGGAAAAGAUAAAUUUCCUGAUUAUCCUUAUUUUGUAUAAGUCUGUAGCUUAAAAAUACUAAGACAUAUAAUCUAGAAUACAUGUAGGACAUGGUCCUUGUCAGCUCCCCUUGAAAGAUGAGGCUAUUUAGGAAGCUUUUGAAAGACCCUAAAUUGUACUCUUAAGGUCAAACCAAUUUUAUGAAGAAAUAUUCCCACAGAGUAAUACAUGCUGCAGUAUAAGAAAAAAAUACUCAUCUUUAAUAUGGUAAAAAUUGAAAUUUAGCCUCUUAGGAGUCAGGGCAGGGAAAUGGGUAACUAAUAGUUUUGCAGACUGUAGAAAGAGCUUAGUUUUUUGUGACCCCACAGAGUGUCAGUUUCCAUUUCACUGCAUGCUAGACCCUGCUGUGAAACCACUGCUGUUUGCAUACUGGCCAGUGGAAGAGGUGGGCGUGAGUAGAGGACAGCCUCAUACGUUUACACAUUUGCAUGGACUGUAAAGAGUUGUGUGUCAGGCCUUUAUGGCAUGAAGCUGGUAUUUGAAGUAAUGGAUCUCAUCACUCCCAUGUGAUACCAAAACCCAAAAAAGUUUAAUUAGUUUUUUCUUCAGAAGCCAAGUUAACGUGCAGAAUAACAGAGCUAUUGGUUUCAAUUUCCUCAUGAUAGGUUUUAGCACAAGACGGUGUUCUCCUUAAAAAAACUGGUACCACAUCUGCAACUGGUGAAUUACGAAUUUCAUCUGUUGCCUUUUUUAUAUUAGAAUAGGUGCAAGGUUUUUAACACUGCUCAGUGUGCACCCACACAGGAGAGUUAGAUGUCAUUAGCACUUGAAACUACACUUUUGGAAACAUGAGCCUAAGUUAAUUUGGAUUUGUGAUUUGAUUUACUCACCAAAGUUAUCUUUGGUUCAGAGCACAUACGAUAGGCAUACUGAGCUAAAUGUCAUGCGUAUUUGUAAAGAAACAUCUUUUUUGGUCCCUUUUGGGAAUGAGAGGCACUCCUUAACCUUCAUGAAUGACAGGUUGUUGUUUUGCCUUAUUGCUUAGUUUAAUGUAGUAAAAUAAAGCAGACAAAGCUUGAA